GUUUGUGGGCUUCGCACUGCAAAAACAGCAGUAGAAAAUCUAACUAUCAUCAAGUCGAAAAGAAAAGAAAAAAGGAAAAUUCUGACGCACAAAACAAAUCCAUCUUGACCUCUUGAAAUCCCUGAUACCCAACAAAGCAUUUCUAGUAAACUGAUGUCAGGGAUGGUUUCGAGAACAGCAAUUGUGUUGUUGAUGGGACUUUUUGGUGUGCUUUUUUUGGCCACUCAGUUGCCUCCUCCACAUGGUACAGCUUUACCUGAUGAUCCUCCAAUUACUUCUCCAAGAAUCAGAUUGAGUGAUGGCAGAUAUUUGGCUUACAAAGAAAAAGGGGUUCCAAAGAACACAUCAAACUACAAGAUCAUUAUAAUUCAUGGCUUUGGAAGCUCUAAAGAGAUGAAUUUUCUGGCACCCCAGGAGCUCAUAGAUGAGUUGAGAAUAUAUUUCCUGCUCUAUGAUCGAGCCGGGUAUGGAGAAAGUGAUCCGAACCCGAGGCGAUCAGUCAAGAGUGAAGCACUUGACAUCCAAGAACUAGCCGAUAAGUUGCUGAUAGGAUCAAAAUUUUAUGUGAUUGGAGUCUCAAUGGGGUCAUAUUCCACCUGGAGUUGCCUCAAAUACAUACCAAACAGGUUAGCUGGUGUGGCUUUUGUAGUCCCAGUUGUGAAUUAUUGGUGGCCUUCACUUCCUCACAAUCUGAUAAGAGAAGACUACAGGAAAAGACUUGUUCGUUGUGCACUUUUGCUUGCAAAUUGUGCUCCUGGACUGCUUUAUUGGUGGGUGACUCAGAAAUGGCUUCCUUCAACUUCUGUCAUGAAAACAAAUCCGGUCUUUUUCAACAGCAGAGAUGUAGAUGUUCUCAAAACAGCCAAAGGAUUCCCGAUGCUCACUCCGGAUAAGUUGAGGCAAAAAGGUGUUUUUGAUACCCUGCGCGAUGAUUUUGCGGUGGCUUACAGCAAUUGGGAGUUUGAUCCGCUGGAUAUGAGCAAUCCGUUUUCGGGGAACCAAAGCUAUGUUCACAUUUGGCAAGGUUAUGAAGAUAAGGUUGUGCCAUUUCAGCUUCAGAGAUAUGUUUCAAGUAAGCUCCCAUGGAUUCGGUAUCAUGAGGUUCCUGAUGGUGGCCAUUUGAUUGUGCAUUACAAUGGUUUGUGUGAGGCUAUUUUGAGAGCACUUUUGCUUGGUGAAGAAGAAGAACCUCUUGAGUAUAGACCUAUCAUACCCAAGUUUGUGUCUCAAGUGUGCUAGACAUUCUUUU